GUUCAACAUCUUUCUGGGACCAAAAGGAAAAAACUUGCUAGUAAUGGGCCAUGGCAAUCCACAUUCCACACCAACCCUUUUAUUAUUCCUUUCUUACGGGCUUUCCUUCUUCUUUACUACAUCUACUGUUGUUGUCAACCCCUUCUCCUCUGCAUAGUUUCUCAGUGCUUAUCCUAAAAGUGCUUCCUCAAUCCUAAGGACCCCUUUUGCUGCUUUGUUGGUAUGUCAUGGAUUUUGCCGCUUUGUUGGAUUAGGUUAAGUUGAAUAGACAUUCUCAACAUCAGCAAUGGGUUCUCGAAAUUUGUUCAAGACAAUAAUCGGUUUAAAGAAAGGGAAGGAUGAGAAUUCAAAGAAAGUGAAGGGAUCUUCAGCUUCUGCAAAAUCAAAAGGUUUCAAAUGGAAGAACCGGCCACAAAAGUCAUCCACUAGUUUUGCAAAUAGUUGUACUGGUGGAAAUCCUAGCAAUCUUGGCAUGCCAAUUGAGGAUUUAGCUGCAAUUCGAAUUCAAACUAUGUUCCGUGCCUAUAAGGCUAGAAAAAGCUUGCGUCACUUGAAGGGAAUGGCAAGAUUACAGACCAUGAUCCAAGCUUCUGCUAUUAAAAAGCAAGCAACAGUUACAUUAAAUCAUCUUCAUUCAUGGUGCAAUGUACAGGCCCAAAUUAGAGCUCGUCGACUCUCUAUGGUAACAGAAGGCCGGCUUAGACAGAAGAAGAUGGAGAAUCAGCUAAAGCUUGAGGCAAAGCUUCAUGACCUAGAGGUUGAGUGGUCUGGUGGCCCUGAAACAAUGGAGGAAAUUCUCGGCAGGAUACAUCUGAGAGAAAAAGCAGCAGUUAAGCGGGAGCGAGCUAUGGCAUAUGCCUUUUCCCAUCAGUGGAGGGCCAACUCAAACAAUAAUGGACUCAACAAUUAUGAACUUGCCAAAGCCAACUGGGGUUGGAGCUGGGUGGAACGUUGGAUUACAGCUCGACCAUGGGAAAGCCGGGUGCCCACCUCGAAAAAGGUCCAGGGUAAGCAGACUAGCAAGGUUGGCAAGAACUCAAAUUCACCAUCUGGAAAAGCAUCAGCUCCAGUUAAAGCAUCUCCAAUAAAUAGAAAAGGAACCACAAGAGCUCGGAGGUUAACUUUCCCAGGCGCUGAAAAACCAGCUCCUCGCGAAGUCAAAAGUAAUAACAAUGAAGAAAUGAGUAGCAAAAAUGAACAAGAGGCACAUAAUAUAGUUUGAAACUGAUAGUGUUUUUUACCCAAAGAAGGGAAAAAAUUCAUAGGAUGUCCAUUUGGUGAUGCUGCUUUCUUUUUGCCACUUCCUCAUUCUUGUUAGCUGUACUCGAAAGAAAUUUAUGUGAUUGUUUCUCAUUCUUCUUUAUUCCCCUGUUCUAUAUCAUGUAUAUGGAGGAUUGGUAGAGAAAGAUUCUGUUGCCUGUGAAUAUUAAGAUUCUAAUUACAAAGUCUCAUGAUUGUAAUAGGAAUUUCAGAGCAUCCUAGCUUUAAUUCCAAAGAAUGUGCGCUUAUAAAUAUAAUCAGCUAGU